AUGAGUCGAAGAAGGUCGCGCAAGGUGGGCUCGGACAGCGAUACUGACGGCAGCGACGACUUUGAUCUGGAAAUCGAGGAAGCUGAGGGACCCCAGCCGCCUCGCCGUGGCCGCGGGCGGCCGCCGGGAAGCCGCAAACGGGGCCCGGGCGCUCUAGAGGCCCGAGCGGCUCGCCAGCAGCAGCAGGUGCCUCUCGACGAGAACGGGAAGCCGUACGAAAUCGAGGACGAUGAGCUGAAACUAGAGGUCGAUGAGGCGGGCGAGAAGAAGGUCAAUUCCAACGGCGAACUCCAGGACGGCCGACAGUACCGCGUCCGGUCGUUCACCAUCAAAAACCGCGGUGACAGACUGUAUAUGCUGUCAACAGAGCCGGCAAGGUGUAUGGGGUUCCGUGACAGCUAUCUGUUGUUUCAGAAACACCGCAAGCUCUGGAAAGUUCUGUUGACUGAUGAGGAAAAGUACGACUUGAUUGAACGAGACAUUAUCCCGCAUUCUUACAAGGGCAGAGUUAUUGGCGUGGUGACUGCCCGCUCCGUCUUCCGCGAAUUUGGUGCCAAGAUCGUCGUUGGAGGCAAGCGAGUCAUUGAUGAUUAUUACGAGGCCGAUGCCAUUGCCCAGGGCUAUGUUUCCGGGCAGAUCGCCGACCCGGACGACCGCCUACCGCCGGAGGGACAGCCCUACAACCAGAACCAGUAUGUUGCCUGGCAUGGUGCCUCCAGUGUUUACCACCAAAGCACCAGUCAUGCUCCUACGAAUGCCUUGGACCUCUACGGUACCUCUUCGCUGCGACGCAAGACAUCGGUUGCUGUGACUGACGAAAACUGGAUGUUUGAGCAUGCAUCUGCUGCAAGCUCCUACAAUUCUGCACUAGCCAAGCAGCGACGCAAACUGUUGAACCCCGGUGGUGUGUAUGAGCCGCACGUUGGGUUGGCUUUCUUCCCGCAGAGCACCCAGCCAACCUGUGUCCAAUGGCGUCGCUUGGACACCCAAAGCAACGGCUCUGUUACAUUCAGCACCGUCCUUCACAGCGAAAACCGCGUCAUGCCAACCGGUCUGUCGAAACUCGACCCGGCCAUCUACGAAUGUUUGGAUGACGACACAAAGGCUCAGAUCCAGAGACAGGUUCAGCUAGAAACAGCUACAUUGUAG